AUGUAUCGCCCAAAGAUUUUGGGUCAGGGCCUUCGAGGUUUCGCCUACGCCAGGACAUCUCGUCGAACUUAUAUCACUGAUGCCGAAGUUGAGUCCGCACGACGAUAUUGCUUAACACAACUACAAAAUAGCGACUAUGAUGCUCAUCUCAUCCGCCGCUUCGUCCCCUCUCCCGUACAAGACACCUAUGCUGCUCUACGCACUCUCAAUCUAGAGCUUGUCCGCCUUCCUGAGCUCGUCUCUAACCCCACGAUUGGAGCGUUUCGAAUGAAGUUCUGGCAAGAGUCCAUUGACAAAACCUUCGCGGGUCGUCCCCCUCGCGAACCUAUCUGUAUUCUCCUUCACAAAUGUCUACAAGACCUUGAGGCCCGCGAAGGCACCUCUACCAAAAAGUCGUUAAAAUUCUGGAUUUCCAGAUUAAUAAAGACGAGAGAAAAGCACAUGACGAACCGACCUUUUGUAGAUUUGGCGAGCUUGGAAGAAUAUGCUGAGAAUACUUACUCAACUCUGAUGUAUUCAACAUUGGCGUCUCUACCGCUACGGUCGAUGCACGUCGAUCAUCUCGCAAGCCAUAUCGGAAAAGCCUGUGGUAUCACUGCGGUUUUACGUGGAAUCUCUGUCCUGGCAGCACCCCCACCGCCUGUCAACACACCGUCUGGCCAGGUUCCCGCUGUGCGAGAACCAGCACUGCUUCUUCCGCUAGAUGCGAUGGCUGAGGCUGGAGUUAAAGAGGAAGAGGUCUUUAGGCAAGGUCCCAACGCACCUGGUCUACAAGACGCAGUGUUCAAAGUUGCCACGCGCGCCAACGACCAUCUUAUCACGGCACGGGAGAUGCUCAAAAGACUCAAGGCGGGAGAGGAUCCAGGCCAUGAAUUCGAGCACCAGGGGGAAGCUGAGCAUUUCUAUGCUGAGGGAAGUGACACACUAAAAGAGAUUCGCCAGGGAUUUGGCGUGCUACUAGAGGCCAUCCCCUCAGCGCAGUACUUGGAACGUCUGGAGCAGGCUGAUUUCAACCCAUUUGCUGUCAAGGCCGCAGGCUGGAAAUUGCCAUGGAAUAUCUGGCAGGCCUUGUCUAAGGAGCGGAUCUGA